GAUAUCGUAUCACUAUGUCAUUCUUAGCAACUGGAUCGCUCAUAGUUUUCGGACUGUUUUUUAUAUUUAAAGGCUUGCGCAGGCACUUUCGUUUCGAAAUCGAUAAAAGCUCAGGACACUAUGGGGGCGAGCUGGUUGCAGAUGUCCUGAAGGCGCAUAAUGUACCGUUUAUUUUUACGCUUACUGGAGGCCACAUAUCACCGAUAUUGGUUGCUUCAGAAAAAGAAAAUAUACGUGUGAUAGAUGUAAGAAACGAAGCUUCUGCUGUCUUUGCUGCUGAUGCUGUUUCAAGACUUUCUGGUUCUGUUGGUGUAGCUGUUGUUACAGCAGGUCCUGGUCUUACUAAUACGGUGACAGCAGUGAAGAAUGCUCAGAUGGCUGAAUCUCCUGUAGUCCUUCUAGCUGGAGCUGCUUCUGGACUUUUACGUGGUCGUGGAUCACUUCAAGAUAUCGACCAGCUUGCUGUGUUCCGCCCAAUUUGUAAAUGGUGCAGACGUGUAGAUUACGUCAGAGAGAUUAUCCCUGUUCUUUGUGAAGCAUUCUAUAUUGCACAAUCGGAUACUCCCGGACCAGUUUUAGUUGAGUUUCCGAUCGAUCUGUUAUAUCCAUAUAAAUUGGUUGAACAGCAUACUAAAUUGUCUGACAAAACAAAUUCUUUAAGGCAGAAAAUUGUAAAUUGGUAUCUACGUUUCUAUCUUUUCAAUUUAUUCGCCAAUGGUUUCUCAUCGAAAUCACAUCCAUCCAAAACAAACGGUUUAGAUGGAAUUGUUGUCAAAUCACCGAAAAUUCCGCUUCCAUCUAAAAGACAAGUAAAGAAAUUAGCUCAGCUGAUAAAACUUUCUGAAAAGCCAAUCUUACUUAUCAGUAGUCAAGCUGUUUUACCUCCGAUUUCAGCUGAAGAAACAGCCGUUCACGUUCAAACCUUGGGGAUACCUACUUACAUGUCAGGUAUGGCUCGUGGUCUUCUUGGUCGAGAUCACCAACUUGGGUUUCGUCAUGCCCGUCGUACUGCACUUCGUGAAGCUGAUCUAAUUAUUCUCGCAGGUGCCAUUUGUGAUUUUCGUUUAGAUUAUGGUCGUGUGUUAAAUCGAAAAGCGAAGAUUGUUGUAAUUAAUCGAAAUAAGAAGAACUUAUAUCUUAAUGCUGACUAUUUUUGGAGACCAUAUCUAACAAUUCAAGCUGAUGUUGGUACAACCCUAAGAGAUUUAUCACUUGAACUACAAAAUUCUACUAAUGAACUAAAUUGUUCCACUGAAUGGUUAAAUAUUUUAAAAUCACGUGAAAUAAAACAAGAUGAAGAGAUUAAACUAAGCUGUCAAGUAGAAGGUAUUGAGCAUAACAAUCCACUUUCCGUUCUCUGGAAGUUGGAACAUUAUGGUCUACCAACUGAUUCUUCCGAAGAUAGUAUUAUUAUUGCUGAUGGUGGAGAUUUUGUAGGAUCGGCAGCAUAUAUUGUACGUCCAAGACAACCGUUAUCUUGGUUAGAUCCAGGACCAUUUGGAACGUUAGGUGUUGGUGGAGGAUUCGCAUUAGGUGCUAAACUAUGCCGCCCAAAUGUAAGUUUCUACAAAUUAUUUAUUAGGGAUUAUAUAUAAAUGAAACAAAUUAGGUAAUUUGGGUUUAAACAUAUGACAGCUGCAUUUCUCCUAUAUUCUAAACACAUUUUUAGAGUUUUACUGAGUUAUAAGAUUAUUUCUUUCAGCUUUAGAAUAAAAGUCUUUUUUUAUUGGUUUUAUUCUUACGGAUUUUGCUUCUCUUAUUAACGGGUAAGUUCAGCAUAUUGUAGAGAUUUUAAUUAACCAACUAAAAUGCUCAUCUUUAAAAUGAAUAUUUAUACUUCCUUUCGAAGAAUUAUUUCUAGAAGUUUCAAUAGAAAUCGCAGAUAUUCCAUACAACUUUCAACGAUAAAUCCAUUUCUUCUUGUUGAUGAUUUUGGUUUCUUUAUUCUUCUUUUCUUCGUUUUUCUGUUAAGUAUUUCAGUUGUACAGUAUGACGACUUGAAAUUUCUGACUUUUAACUGUCAACUACUUGAGUUAAGUUGCUUGUAAGAAGUUGAUCAUUAUGAUUAUAAACAUUUGAAAAUAUUUUAUAUACGACAGAAUCGGAAAAUUCCGGUAAUCAUAUGCCUCGAUAACUAUAUCCCGAAAACAAACAAAGAAAAAGACGAUAAUGAUUGGAAGCGAAAUUCCGCUUUAACGUAAACUGAUGUAUAAAAGUGAGAUGUUUAUGCUGAUUAUCUACCAGAAGAGAAAUUGUGUUAGUUAUGACUAAUUGAUUCACCGUGCAAGGAUAUAACAACGAUUCUUGAUGGAAUGUCUACAGCUAAUGGUGUCUGUUACCGUAGUAUCCUUCAAUAAAAGCAAAGUCAAAAAUGAUCUUGUCAAUGGGUCCAUAUUUAUAAAAACAGGCAUUAAUAUAGGGGAGUCUAAUAAGAAGAGGCAUUAGAAUGGCUCUUCAAUAAUAUAAUAAAAUUAACUCCAAAUACAUUGACUGAAAAAAUAUAACAACUCAAGAACAAGCUUCAAAAAUGUUCUGUGAUGACGUCGUAUAGAUGUAAAUCUAAUUUUAUAAUAGUUUGAUGUAGCUUAGUGUACGAGCUUAAACUAUGUGGUAUUCCGCGUUAAUAGUCUAGUAUAUAUAUGUUUCCACUGUGUACAACUAGUUUGGUACGCAUGUCUACCUUCCUGUAUUUUCCUUUUUCCAUAUUGCUUCUGAAUUCUUGAAACAUCACUUUAUUUUUAGUUCAUUAUGACUGUUCUUUUUUUAGAGCAUCAAUGAAUUUUCAUGUGCACAGAUGAGCGGCACUAACGAAUGAGUUGAGUGAAGACUCUCUCCCACCUCCCCAUCCCAUAGAUCUUUUCAAAUAAAUCUUCUACAACGAAAUCUACCACAGCAAAAAUUAGAAAAUGCUACAAAACAAGCUGAAAUAUGAUUUAUUAUAUCCUUGUUUCAUAACCUAAGGACUCACCGAUCACUUUAUAAUUAUGCCCAUCUUAAUUUUUCCAUGUUCUAAUAAUAACUCAACAGUUUGUAAUUCGGUUUUUAAUAGUUGUUCAUUGUCAAAAACUCAAUUUUUAUUUACUUUUUCCCAUAUAGGCUACUGUCUGGGUUAUUUAUGGUGAUGGUUCAGCAGGAUAUAGUUUAGUUGAAUGGGAUUCUUUAGCACGUCAUCAUGCUCCUGCAAUUGCUGUUAUUGGUAAUGACGCUUGUUGGUCACAGAUUGCACGUGACCAAGUUACGUUUUUCCGAUCCAAAGUUGGAUGCCAGUUAAACUACACACCAUAUGAAGUAAUUGGAUCAGCUUACUGUAGAAGUGUUGCUCCUGUAUCAGAUAAUUUCAUAACUAAUAAUAGCAAUCCGGUUAAUGGUUUCUUAGUUGACAAACCUCAGUUGGAACAAAUAGUUCAUAUAUUUGAUGAGGCUAAACGACUUUCAAAUAAAGGGAUACCAUCUGUUGUAAAUUGUCUUAUCUCCGCAAGUAGCUUUCGAGAAGGCAGUUUGUCUGUUUAACACACUGUACCUAGUAUUUGUUUUUUUGUAUAUGAAUUUUAUGUUCAUUUCUGACCAUGUAAAUUUCGCCUUACCAUUAUAUCUAUUUACUAAUAAAUAUUUUUCAAUAAACAUAUAUCUUCACUAAGUAGUCUUUCUGUUCAACACUCUGUAACUGAAUAAUCUGCGGUAUUUUUACUCCAAUAUGUCAUUACAAUAAACUACAAUAGGCUUUCACUACUCUCAUUACCAAAUCUUUUGGAAUUAUUGGACGCUAAUGCUCAGUUAAUGUUGGAUUACGAUGUAUAUUUGAAACUACUCCCCAGUGUUUACACUUUCAGCAAUUUACUGUGUGUAUCAGGACUCCACUGUAACAGCAAUGAUUUUCAUGUACUGAGCUGUCGAGACGAUAAUUAUAUUGAGGGAUCACUUGACAUUAUCUGUUUUGUAUUAGUGGUCCAGACAUACCUGACCCAACGUUUGUCAUAAGGUGUGAAAUCUUCAGUCCAUCAAGAAUGUCUUCGACAUUGAUGUUUAAACCGUUGGUCUCAUUGAACGUCCACUGAAUGCUCCCAGUCAAGGGUCCGCACUAGGUCACAUCUAGAUUCGCUGUGCUGCGAAUCUCCCAAAGCAAAUAGUCACCUUAGUCUAUAUACUUCUUGAUACAUCAACUAUCUCCUAAAUAUAUCUUCACAUGCCAUUUCUGACUCCUGGUAUGACUGCGUUUGGCAAUCGGGAAGCCGGUUGAUUGUUAAGGUUAAAAGUAUGUCUGCCUUAACGUGGGUUUACGCAAAUCAUUGGCGUAAAACACCAUAACCUACUAUUUGACUCAAGCAAACAGAGGUUAGUUAGAAGACAUACUAAAUUAUCGAGGAUAGAAUUCCUAUCUGAUCAGUGAAAUAGUGGUAAACCGGUGACGGAAAGUUCAUUUUCUCAGACAUCCCAAACUCAGAGGACUGAUCACAAGGGACUAAAUAGUUAUUGAUGAAGACCAACACGGACUGAUGAAUCUUCAGACGACCCUACACAUUCGUCUACAUGAUACUGCUCUGUGCUUCAUGUGAAGCUAGAGGAAGCAAACCUAAUUGACCGCUGAACGUGUGGUGCCUCUGUAGUUCUCACAUUCGCUCAAAUGUCUUUUCUUUGGUAUCUUGGUGAGAUGUCCUUAUUUCCAGUCUAUUAGUGGCACUCUUCAUUCCUAAAUCUUUCUGAAUAGAACGUAGAACAUGUUUGCAAUCACUUCUAUGUGUGACUCAGUGCUUCGGCCGUUACUUUGUCAGGUCAUACUGAUUUACCACUCUUGGUUCAUCUGAUGACUAUGUUGAUUCCCUCGAUCGUUAAUACCUGAUGCUAUUAAUAGGUUUUGCCUUUUAAUUGGAGUUCACUGAUGUUACAUUGCUAUGGAUUUGUAGAAGAAAGCGAUACCAUUCAAAACGUGGAUAGGUAAAAGGAACACAAGCGAACAUUAAACGUUUCAACAUGCUUACGAGUUCAGGGUAUACAAAAUUCAGGAAAAACUCAAAACACUGUAUUAUUUAUUGUCAAAGAAGGAGCAUCACGUUUAAGAUCUUUUCCGGUUAAUUCUCGAAACACGAUUGAUUGACAUACUCUCAACAUAUGACUCAAGUAGCAAGAAAGCCAAAUUUCGACUAUGAUAUCAGACAUUUGUUAGUAAAUUACGAGCUGUCAAUCCAGAUGUUUCGUUCAACAAUAAUCAUAACAAAUUUCAAAAGAAGUUUUCAAAUUUUAGGUUUCUGGGGCAAAAUUUUCGUAAUGCCAAAUAAGAACUUUGUGAGACUGAAAAUGUUCAGGGUAUAAGUAAUAAACGAACAAGAAAAAGGUCUGAGUAAAAACGAACUUAUUCGAAAUCUAGCUAAAAUUAUGAUAUUCACAAUAAUGAUUAACAGUCAAUUACAUACGUUGGAUUCUUCUUGGAAUAAAGUGAUAUAUCGAGUAUCCCGUAAAAUUACGAAAACAUUCUUUUCUGUGGCGAUAGGUGCAAUACUUAAAUCACUUAGAAAGUACAUGAUGAAUGCUUCAAUAACAUUCCCCAUUAGCAUCCUCUAUUUUCUGGUACCGAGAGGUAGGUGUUUCGUGAUACUGCAAUGAUAUAUUAUAUUCACAUUUUUGUGCGAUCCCACGAUAAGAAAUGGUAUCUUGUAACUCAUUCCAGAUUUUGGAAUCAUUCUGUAUAGUGGUGUUCAGGAACAUGUGGCACAAAGUGGUUGUUCAUCAUGCAGCAAUAAGUUCUGUGACCAGUAACUGGGUCAUCUAGCAUAUCAGGCAUAUCAAACAAAACAAAGCAAGCAAGCAGUCAUUCAAGAUAUGCUGAGAUAGAAGUAAUCAAACUGAAAUUUCUUAACUGUGAAGAUGCCAUAGGUAUUCGGAGUUUGACCAACAACGUAAUUCAUAGCUGUGUAGCGGUAAAUAAAUCCCCAAAAUAAAUAGCUCUGUAAGUUUUAGAC